ACUUGUCCUAGGUCUUUCACAGCUAGCCUAUGAGAGCGUGGAUUUGAACCCAGGGCUUCUUGACUCCACAGCCAUCACUCUGCUUUGCAUCUCACUGCCUUUCCUUCAGAUAUAGUUGCUUAGUCAGGGACAGGUUCACAGAUGCCUAGAAGAACUGCAGAGGCCGUGAGAGUGUAGAUAGAGAUCUGUGCAUUAUUCAUAGGGAAGACUCCACCCCCAGGGCCAGGGGACUUAAAGGGAGCUGAGGGAAUCGGGGAGGGGAGCUGGAGAGAAAUCUCAGAGCAGGAGAAGGAACAGGGAAGCAACUAGAGAGGGACAAGUCCUACAAGUGGUAUAUGGUGGGAUUCGGAUCCAAGCCAAGCAUGACCUCUGAGCUGACCCGCCGACCCCUGUGCCCUCGGCUUCUGAGCUGCCUGGUGUUCCUUGCUUUCCUCUCCAGCACCUCCACACUCAGCCUGGACUUUGCGGAACAUCGGAAUAAAGCAGCCAAGAUCAAAAUCCACCCCAGAGGCAACCUCUGGGCCACAGGCCACUUCAUGGGCAAGAAAAGUGUAGAGCCCCUGGCCCUCCCAUCUCCUGGGACAGCCUCCCGCACCACCCUGGAGGAAAUGAAAGACCGGCUGAGUCAUGAGUUGGUUAGGAUUCUUCGGCUGAAGAAAUCCUUGGGCAUGAACCAAGGGGGCCCUGCAAUAAGUGCCCAGGACCUAUGGAUGCUGGUUCAGCAGCUGGAGAAGUAGUCAGGUCACCAGCAGCUAUGGCUCAGACUGCACAGACCAUGCAGCUGUAUGGAGUUCAGACCUCUGCCAUCAGGGGCUACCACCACAGUCUGAAGAAGAGUAAUUCCAGUCCCUUGUUGUUGUUCCACCAUUUCUCUACUCUUUGAUUGAGGUCACCCACUGUUAA